UGGAAAUGGAAACCUACCUCCCCAAGCCGCGACAGCUUGAUCAUAUCCCGCCGUUGUCACCCCCCAAAACCCUCAUCGUCUUCAUCUCUACCGCUUCCUCAACCCCCCCCUCUCGUCUUUACACGUCAACUGCGUCCAUGUAGAGUGAGUCGCCUCCUGACAAAACCGCGACCCGAAAGAGUCAUGAAUUCUCAUCCUGACGACAUCUCCCGAGACCGCGAGUCCACCGAACGCCAUCAGAGAGAUCAGUACCCGGCCGGCACGCCUCGCCAGAGCAACACUGCCUCCCUCCAGAUCCACCAGCCUGUCGCUUCGCGGCUCCCUGGUGCCAUCCAUAGCCCCGGCGGCCUUCUCGCGACCCAUGGGGGUUCGGGACCUCCUAUCCCUCUCGGUGCUCCCUCAGGCCCGGUGAAUUCGUUCGGUGGUCCAUUGCCAGUUGAGACAACCCGCCCUCUUCCGCACAGCGCCCAGAACGCAUCCAGCCAAAUGUUUGGCGCCCUAGGCGGCCACAACCCAGGCCCUUCCGGUACAUCGGGGGCAGCAACCCAUAUGUUCGGCGGUCCCUUACAGCAGGACGGCAACCGCGCCGCCCAGGGUAUGCCGUUUGGCGGUAGUAAUGGCAUAACAAGCGGUGGUCACCCGGCCUCGGGAGCUGGGCCAGGAGCCGGAGCUGGCGGAUUACCUCAAGGCCAGCAGCCUAUCUUGAAUGAUGCGCUGAGUUAUCUGGACCAGGUCAAGGUGCAAUUUGCCGACCAACCUGACGUGUAUAACAAGUUCCUUGAUAUUAUGAAGGAUUUCAAGAGCCAAACAAUCGACACCCCUGGUGUUAUUAACCGGGUUUCGGAGCUCUUCGCGGGGCACCCAAAUCUCAUCCAAGGCUUCAACACCUUUCUCCCGCCGGGGUACAGAAUCGAGUGCGGUGCAGGCAACGACCCCAACACCAUCCGUGUAACUACGCCUAUGGGAACGACGGUCCAGUCGAUUACUGGCCGGGCGAAUCAAGGUGACGGUGCGCAUGGUCAGGCUGGCUCGAACGCACCAUUUUUCAACCACCGUCCCGGCAACUGGCAACAGCACUCGCAGCCUCAACACAGCAUCGAGAGUCCCGAAGCAGCCUUCAGCGCCCCCGUGACGAACGGCCCAAACACGUUUGGGCCCGGACAAGGUCCUACUUCAGCGUUUGACGGACCUCCGCAGCAGCAGCAUCGCGGCGCAUCACAGGCCCAGAACAAUCCGGGUGCACCCAACGUGCCUACGGCGCGUAACGCUCUGACGCCGACUCCGAGCGGCCCCCAGGGCCCUCCGAGCGGCGGCAGUCAGCAGGCGGGUAUAGAAAAGCGCGGGCCUGUUGAGUUCAACCAUGCUAUCAGCUACGUGAACAAGAUCAAGAACCGAUUCCAGGACAAACCCGAGAUCUACAAGCAAUUCCUCGAAAUCCUCCAGACCUACCAACGAGAACAGAAACCGAUACAGGACGUGUACGCACAGGUCACCAGCCUAUUCAACACCGCACCCGAUCUUCUGGAGGAUUUUAAACAGUUCCUACCGGAGUCGGCGGCGUCGAGUAAGACCAACGGCGCGAAAUCCGAAGACGUCUUUGCGAUGACGGGCAUCCCCCAAACCACGCCGCAGCCCGGCCACGCCAUGAGGGACGGCCAGAAGAUGCCUCCAGUCGGUAACUUUGCACCUCCGGCUAGUGCUAGUAAAGACAACAAGAAGCGCCCACGUAAUGAUAAACAACCCCCUCCCCCGGCUCCCGCGAUGGUAGACAGCCCGGCCCCGGGGCCUCGGACGAUCCCUGGGGUCGGCCCCGCGAACAAGCGUCCAAAGCUCAACCAUAAAGCCGUAGCCGCUGAUGCGCCAUCAAUCGAGCCGACUCUCACUCCGAUUCUGCCCGAGCCGUUACCGCCUACAUCCUCGGCGAAUGCGACUCCUGACGAGCUGGGCUUCUUUGAGAAGGUUAAGAAGUUUAUCGGCAAUAGGUCAACCAUGAACGAGUUCCUGAAACUUUGCAAUAUGUACUCGCAAAGUCUGAUCGAUACGAACGACCUCGUCCACAAGGCUAGCCAAUUCAUCGGUGGCAAUGCUGAGCUUAUGGGCUGGUUCAAGACUUUCGUUGGUUACGAAGGUCUCGACGAGAUCAUCGAGAAUAGGCCUCGACCCCCAACGGAGAAGGUCUCGUUGAGCAACUGCCGUGCUAUCGGGCCUAGCUACCGCUUGCUACCUCGCAAAGAGAAGCUAAAGCCGUGCGGUGGUCGAGAUGAGAUGUGCAACGCUGUCCUCAACGACGAAUGGGCUUCCCAUCCGACCUGGGCUUCCGAGGAUUCCGGCUUUGUGGCUCACCGGAAGAACGCCUUUGAAGAGGGUCUUCACAGAAUCGAAGAAGAGCGACACGACUACGACUUCAAUAUCGAGGCUAACGUCAAGUGCAUACAACUGUUGGAGCCAAUCGCCCAGCAGAUGCUGAACUUAACCCCUCAGGAGCGGGAGACUUUCCAGAUGCCGGCAGGCCUCGGUGGCUCCAGCACCUCCAUCUUUAGACGGGUUCUCAAGAAGAUCUACGGUCUAGAUAAGGGGAUCGAUGUUGUGAACGACAUGUUUACGGAUCCCUUUGCCGUGGUUCCCGUCGUACUCGCCCGACUGAAGCAGAAGGACGAAGAAUGGCGGUUCACGCAGCGCGAGUGGGAGAAGGUGUGGCAGGCCCAGACGGAGAUCAUGCAUCUCAAGAGUCUUGAUCACAUGGGUAUUCAGGUCAAGCAGAACGAUAAGCGCAACCUGUCCGCCAAGCACCUAGUGGACGUCAUCAAGACUAAACACGAAGAGCAGCAGCGCCUGCGGAGCUCAAGGACCAAGGUCCCGCGAUAUCAAUUCGCUUAUGAGCUUAGUGACCAGGAGGUUAUCCUAGACCUACUACGAUUCAUGGUCUUGUACGGCAUGAACAAUGGCCACCACAGCGCGUCGGAGAAGGACCGUAUCGUCGAAUUCUUCGAGUUUUUCGUCUCGCGGUUUUUCGAACUGCCGGAAGACAAGGUCCAAGAUCGGCUCCAAGACAUUGAUCGCGAUUCUGGAGAGGAAGAUGCCGAAGAGCAACUUCCAGCGGAACUGACCAACGGCCGAUCUCGGCGCAAUGGCAAGAGAUCCGACCUACGCCGCGGCGUGUUAGACCCUAGCCGUAACGGCGCUAAGACUAGAAAUCAGAAGGAAGACAGUGCAGCGUCCGGUAGUAAAGAGACGACUCCGGACGUUGGUUCUGCGAACGAGGAAGAGAUGGGCGAUGUCCCUGAUGAUGCCGUACCUACAGGCGUGUCGAACGAACGCUGGCUGCCCAUAGUCCCUCGGGCGACGGUCGUUAAGGGUGACAAUCCGCUGUUGGACGCAGACGGGGAAUUGAAAGCCGAUGGGUUUUUCCCUCGCCCUUGGUACAAUUUCUUCUGCAACCAAACCAUCUACGUCUUUUUCAGCGUCUUCCAUACCCUAUACAAGCGCCUCAAGGACGUCAAAGAUAGCAGGGAAAGCGUCUCGCAAGAGAUCCUCCGAUCUAAGAGCAAGAAGCCCGCCAAGGAACUCGGUAUUUCUGUCAACGAAAUUAACUACUUCGACGAGAACGACCCUGCGUCCUUCUGGCCGAAGACCGUCGAGCUGAUCGAGGACUACAUUACCGGGGAAAUCGACGAGAAUCGUUACCAAGAAGUCCUCCGACAUUACUACCUCAAGAAAGGCUGGACGCUGUACACGAUCCAGGAUCUCCUGAAGACGCUAUGCCGUCUCUCUUUGACGUGUACGAGUCCAGACUCGAAGGAAAAGACGCCCGACCUCAUCCAGCAGUUCUUGAGCACGCGCCACCACGAAGAAACAAGCUACCAGACCGAGAUCAGCGCGCGCAAGUUCGCCGAGAAGUGCAUUAAAGAUGGCGACAUGUUCGUCAUCUGCUGGUUCCCGCAGAAGCACGAGGCUACGGUUCGUUGGUUGCAACGUGAAGAGACGACAUUCUACAUGGACGAGAUGGAACUUCGCGAGAGGUGGCAGUACUACAUCUCCUCGUACAUGCGCGUCGAGCCCACAGAAGGGGUCUCGCGCUCCCGUCUACAGAAGGCAGUCCUCGCCAGGAACCUACCAUCAAGCGAUACUGACUCCGACGACGGCAAUGUGCCGAAGCCUCUCGGCUUCUACGAGGGCCUAGUUAUGCGUAUCUGCUUGAACUCUAGCAAGAUUGUCUGGGAGAAGGACACGUCGGAAUCCUUUGUCUACGCGACCGAACCCGAGGGCGAGGAAGACAAGGCCAAGGCCGAGGAGCACAGGCGUGCCGUCACCGAGCACCGUGACCAGAGAUUUCGGGAGAAGAUGGUAAUGAACAAUGCUUGGAUGCGGGGGAUGAGCCAGGAUAAAGUCCAGAAAGUGAACGAGAACUUCCAGAAGUGGUUCAAGGAUGGCGUCGCACCGGCUGGCCAGGGUCAAGGGGAGGAUGGCGAGGAUGGCGAGGGGGCAGAGUAACGCUUACGACCACAGCCUUUUUGCGUGUUCGUUCCUUGUUUUUGUUGUUCUAGAUUGCCUGCCUGUGGCAGUCUCGGGAGUAAUCAGAGGGCGAUAUUCGACGAUGCAUAAACGGCAUGCAUCAUCACGGUUGGCGUUUGACAGGGCAGUGUGCAGACCCAAUGCCAAUGCCAGUUCGGCUUCUCGAUCUUCCAUACAGACGCGAACGCGGCUCUCCAUCCUGCACGCGAUACGGCUACCGGGACGGCGGGAAGAGGGAUGCAAGAACGAGUUCGGACUGGGCUGGCUGGCAUUGGAUUGUGGUUACGAUCACAUUGCUGCAAUAUCCUUUUUGCGUUUUACAUCUGCGUGUAUACUACGUCGGCGGCAUCAUUCAUGUAGUCGUAGGUUAAGCCAACU